AUGGGCUCGAGCGACGACAAGGAUCGCAUUGUUAUAAACGUGGGAGGGAUCAAACACCAGACAUACCGCAGCACCUUGCGUACCCUUCCUGGCACCCGAUUAUCAUGGUUGGCCGAGCCUGAUGCGCCCAACCACUUUGACUAUGAUGCCAAGAUCGAGGAGUUCUUCUUCGACCGCCACCCUGGCGUCUUUGCACAUAUCCUCAACUACUACAGGACAGGUAAAUUGCACUGCCCCGCAGAUGUGUGUGGACCCUUGUAUGAGGAAGAGUUGGCAUUCUGGGGCAUUGAUGAGACGGAUGUGGAGCCGUGCUGUUGGAUGACCUAUCGUCAACAUCGGGAGGCCGAGGAAGCUCUUGAUAGUUUCGGUGGGGGGGCCCUGCUCGACCUGGGUAAUGAUGAUGUCGAGGCAGAAGCACCGGUGGAGCCAGCGGAUGGGGACGGGGUUGAUGAGAUGACAAGGAGGUUGGCGCAGGGGGAUUCUCCCUAUGCCAGAACAGGAGGGUCUUGGAGUCGCGUGCAGAAACGUGUCUGGGCUCUUUUUGAAGACCCAUACUCUUCUAAAUAUGCAAGGUGGGUGGCUUUGGCCUCUCUGUUCUUCAUCCUGGUGUCCAUUACAACGUUCUGUCUGGAAACCCACGAAGCAUUCAACCCCAUCAUCAACCGCACGGAGCUGAGGGUGGUGGGCAACAGGACGGAGGAGCACAUCUACCCAGAGACGGAGACGGUGGUCUUCCUCACUUACAUCGAGGGAAUGUGCGUUGUCUGGUUCACCUUUGAGUUCUUAAUGAGAAUAACUUUCUGUCCGAACAAACUCGACUUCAUCCGGAACGCCCUCAACAUCAUCGACUUUGUGGCCAUCUUGCCUUUCUACCUGGAGGUGGGCCUGAGCGGGCUCUCUUCCAAAGCAGCUAAGGACGUCCUGGGCUUCCUCAGAGUGGUGCGCUUCGUGCGGAUCCUGCGUAUCUUCAAGCUGACCCGUCACUUCGUGGGCCUCCGCGUGCUGGGCCACACCCUGCGCGCCAGCACCAACGAGUUCCUCCUCCUCAUCAUCUUCCUCGCCCUCGGCGUGCUCAUCUUCGCCACCAUGAUCUACUACGCCGAACGCAUCGGAGCCUCUCCCAACGACCCUCGUGCCAGCGAGCACACACAUUUCAAGAACAUCCCCAUUGGCUUCUGGUGGGCGGUGGUGACCAUGACGACCCUUGGCUACGGAGACAUGUACCCCCAGACGUGGUCGGGCAUGCUGGUGGGCGCGCUGUGUGCCCUGUCGGGGGUGCUGACCAUCGCCAUGCCCGUCCCUGUGAUUGUCAACAACUUCGGAAUGUAUUACUCCCUGGCAAUGGCGAAACAGAAGCUACCAAAGAAGAAGAACAGACACAUCCCUAGAGCUCCCCAACCAGGCUCACCCAACUACUGUAAGUCCAGCAUCAGCUCACAGCAUCAGAGUCCCAUAGCCCAUGAUGACGUUUUCGAGAUAAAGUUUCGAGAUUCCAAACUAAACGGAGAGGCAGCUAAUGCGGCACUGGCCAAUGAAGACUGUCCUCACAUAGACCAGGCCAUAUCACCCGAGGAGAUCUUCAGCCCUACUGAGCGAGAACGACCCUGCUUCCUGGUUACCACCGCUGAACGGCCCAAUCACGUGAGGGGAAGAGUCAGAAGGGGUUAUGAAAAGCCUUGGAGCCUUAACAGCAUGUCUGGCAUGAGCAGCAAGGAAGCUUCCGGAGUUUCCUCUGUGUCCACUCUGCAGUGCAGCCCAACCCGACUAACGCAGCCCUCUCAUUGUCCCAUCCCAACCAUUGUCUAGCUUGGUUGACUAGGACACAGCGAAGGCCUUUCCAUGCUGAUCCUCUUCUCUCUCUUUUCAUAUUUUCGUUUUUGUGCUCUCAUUCCUUUUCUUUUCGUUUUUUGAAAGAAAACAAAGUGUCUCGAGACAGAGCUGUAACUUAUUCCCCGAAGGAUAUGCUUGUGUCAUCGCGUCCUACAGAAUACUGCCAGGGGCUGCUGCAUGGGUGACUGCUGUAGACU